GUCCGCCGGGAGCGCCCGAUCCCCGCGUGUUCCCGCUCCCGCAUUCCCGGCUCCCGCUUCUCCCCCCGCCCCGCGCGGAUCGGAUGGCGGGGGUGGGCGCGGCCCUGCUCGCAGGGCUGCUGGCGAGGCUGGCGCUGGUGCUGUACGGGCUGCACCAGGACCGCACCAUGCGGGUGCGCUACACCGACGUCGACUACCGGGUGUUCACGGACGCGGCGCGGCUGGUGACCGAGGGGCGCUCGCCCUACCGGCGGGCCACCUACCGCUACACGCCGCUCCUGGCCUGGCUGCUGACGCCCAACGUGCUCCUCACCGAGGCCUUCGGGAAGCUGCUCUUCGUGGCCGGGGACCUGGCGACUGCCGUCGUCGCUUACCGGGCCCUGCGGCGCCGGGGGACCCCCGCCGGCCGCGCCUGCGGGUGCUGCGCCGCCGCCUGGCUCCUGAACCCGCUGCCCAUGGCCGUGUCCAGCCGGGGCAACGCGGAGGCGCUGGUGGCGCUGCUGGUGCUCGCCACGCUCUACUGGGUGGAGGCGGGCAGCGUGGGCAAGGCCGCCGUGUGCUACGGGCUGGCCGUGCACAUGAAAAUCUAUCCCGUGAGCUACGCGCUGCCCAUAGCGCUCCGCCUGAGCGCCGCGCCGGGCCGCGGGGCGCUGCGGGACAGGGCGGCGGAGGGCACGGUCAUGGCGCGCCUCUGGCACCUCUUGGGAACGAUGCUGAACCGCGACCUGCUGCUCUUCGGAACAGUUGCCGGAUCAGUGCUGGCUGCCUUGACUGUGGCAUUUUAUCACCUCUAUGGCUGGGAGUUUUUGGAGCACGCCUACCUCUAUCACCUGACUAGGAGGGAUAUCCGUCAUAACUUCUCUCCGUAUUUCUACAUGUUGUACUUGACAGCAGAGAGCAAAUGGAGUUUUGCCCUUGGGCUCGCAGCUUUCCUGCCCCAGCUGCUUUUGCUCCUUGUUGUUUCCAUAGCGUUCUACAGAGACCUUGCCUUCAGUUGUUUCCUACACACCGCUAUUUUUGUGACUUUUAACAAAGUAUGCACAUCCCAGUACUUUGUCUGGUAUCUCUGCCUUUUGCCCCUUGUAAUGCCUAGUAUUAAGAUGUCCUGGCAUAGGGCCAUGCUGCUUCUCUGUCUGUGGUUCAUGGGACAAGGCCUGUGGCUUACUCCUGCCUUCUUUCUGGAGUUCAAAGGAUAUAACACUUACUUAUUUAUAUGGAUGGCAGGCUUGCUUUUCCUUUUAAUUAACUGCCUCAUAAUUGUUCAGAUUAUUGCACAUUAUGAAAAAGAAACACAAGUUGCAAAAAAACUGAAGCAACGGUAAUAAACUGCCCAAAAUCCAUAAACAGCCCUGCUGUCCUUGGUAAGGCAUCACAUAUCACCAGCACUUCAACUAAAACAACUGCAGUUAAGGUGUACUAAAGGACAUUGUGUGUCAAUGUUACUGUUUCAGGCCGUGAGAGCACUGAUAGGCCUCAGUUACCCUGAGCAGCCCAGUCCUGCCCUGAGCAGUGUCAGCAGGGGUACCUGUCUCCUGUGUGGGUCCUGAAACUGCAUUGCAACCUUCUCUCCAGCACUGUCUCCAGCUCUGUCCUGCUGCUCCUGAUUAGAAUCCCUGGAAAUACCCUGGACCAGUUCAUCUCUGAAACAUGUUUGGGGCUCUGGUGAAUGGGCUCUGCCCAUCUGCACUGACUGUCUUCACCUGCUGCUUCCAGAGACAGUGGGGCUGUGCCCUGUCCUUUGACCCCUGUGCUGGGGCCACUCAGUUCCUGCUCGUACUCCCUUAUGGACUAGGCCUGGCACCUUUUUUCUCAUUCUCAGUGUUACUCUGAUGAGGACCUUGGCCUUUACCUAGAAUAACACGGGAGAUAAUAAAGGUGGAAUUUGGUUAUAAAA